CUAGAAAAUUGGUUGAAAAAUGCUUGGAAAAACAGCAAAACAGCGAAAGCUAACCAAAGGUGACAGUGCGUGAAAUUUCAGUUAUAAAAUGCAAAUGGAGUGGACUCUACACAGUUAGUCGAAAAUCAGAGCUACAACUCUCUACAAUUGGAUAACUAAAAUAAUAAUAUUGAUAUAUGAUGGCCCACAAAUCCAACUGCCUGCUGCUAUUUGCUGCCCUGUUUGUGAUUGCUGCUGGCCAGUAUUAUACGCCAUAUAAUCCCUACAAUACCCCGAGUCCAACAUUCUCGAGCUUAACAGGAUAUUAUUAUACGACGCCUCCUCCUCCUUACUACAACCCCAACAAUCCCUACUACAAUGAUAUGCAAAUACGCAUCUGGCCCUAUGUCAUUGGGCAGUAUUUGUAUCCUUCUUAUUAUAAUAAUUACAAUUUGAAUCCAUAUGCCUAUCCAAAUAACUUGGGCAAGAAGUAGUAAAAAAAAAGAAGAAAUUUGUUUUCAGUUAAGUUUGUAUUUAAUGUGAAACUGUCAAAGAACAUUUUCCGAUCAUUGGCUUGGACCGUUAAA